CCACGCGCGGAGCCCUGCCAAGGGGAGCGGGUGCCAAACCUGAAUUACCAGCCCCGAGAGUGGCUGUGGAUCCCGGCAGCUCCUGUGAUUUGCGGCAGGUUUUUCAGGUCCCCGCCUGUCACACACACACGCAGAUAUUUAAGCAGUCACCCAAGGACCUGCGGGGUUCUUGUUUUACACACUUCUGGGCCCUGCCAGCUCCAGUGCCUGGCCCCAUAGCCCUGCCCCAGGAGGAGAUGGCCAUGGAAAAGCCAGUGAUUCCCACUGAGGAGCAGCUGGAGAUCCUGGAGUACCACUUCUGCAAGGUGAACAAGCAUCCUGACCCCACCACGCUGUGCCUCAUCGCGGCGGAGACCGGGCUCUCUGAGGAGCAGACUCUGAAAUGGUUCAAGCAGCGCCUGGCAGAGUGGAGGAAGUCUGAAGGGCUGCCCUCAGAAAGCGGGUCUGUCAGGGACUAGAGGAUGCUGCUCCAAUCCCCUUGCCUCUUACAAAUGAUGGUGAAGCUCUUCAGAGUGGGUUUCCUUGGGGUUCUUCUGUUGCAAUAGGUUUUGCGAUACAAAUACUCUGCUAUUUAACAUAAGUUUUAUUUAACAUGUACAUAACCAGAAAAAAUCCCAUUUUAUAUAUAUGUAUAUACAUGUGUGUAUACAACUUUUGAUGGCUGAUAACCUGUCUAGUGAUUCCAACCCAUUAACAGCAGCUGCACAGGAAAAUGCAAUUUCAUGCCCUUGUCCCAGGCUUGCAGGAAAUUUGCCAUGAUGUAUGUUCAAAUAUAGAAGGAAGAAAUAAAGAUUCCUUUUCCUUACAA